AUGGUUUAUCUUGGCCAUCCACUGCAUCUGGUUCUGUCUUCCAGUCGUCUAGACAUUGUCCUGCCACUGGUACAUGAUGGCUCCAGACGAGAGAUUUACCGCGACUGGAGGGGGCCUUAUUUAUGCGGUCGAAACAAAGGAAGUAAACCAAAAGCAAGAUUCACACCACUAACCGCUGCAGCCUGGAACGUUCGCACACUCCUUGACAGAGGUGGCUCCGAAAGACCCGAGAGACGCACAGCACUUGUCGCAAGCGAACUUGGUAGAUACAACAUUGACAUCGCUGCUCUUAGUGAAACCAGACUAGCGGGAGAGGGCAUGCUAUGCGAGAGAGGUACAGACUAUAAUUUCUUCUGGAGUGGACGCAGCCCGGUAGAGAGAAGAGAAGCAGGAGUGGGGUUUGCUGUUAAGUCGUCCAUUGCUUGCAAGCUACCUGAUCCACCUAAGGGUAUAAGUGACCGUCUUAUGACAUUGAGGCUGCCCCUUUCCAAUGAUAAAAGGUUCGCCACUAUCAUUAGUGCCUAUGCACCUACAAUGACCAACCCGGAUGAGAUAAAGGACAAGUUUUACGAAGAUCUAAACAAUGUCAUCAACACUGUUCCUCAAGCAGACAAGCUCAUUAUUCUAGGCGACUUCAACGCAAGAGUUGGGUGCGACAGUUCCGUGUGGGAAGGAGUGAUUGGGAAACAUGGAGUCGGCAAAUGCAACAGCAAUGGUCUUCUCCUUCUCCAAACAUGUGCAGAGCACGAGCUUCUAAUCACAAACACCAUCUUCAAACUUCCCACCCGUAACAGAACAUCUUGGAUGCACCCCCGCUCAAAGCACUGGCAUCUGAUAGACUAUUCCAUCGUGCGUAAAAGAGACAGACAGGAUGUUCGGGUCACAAAGACCAUGUGUGGCGCUGACUGUUGGACAGACCACCGUCUUGUUGUUUCCAAACUUAAUAUUCGUGUCCAACCAAAGAGAAGGCCUCAGGGUGUAAAGAAGACUAAACGUCUGAAUACCAGCAAGCUGAAAGUCAGUGAGACUAAAAACACCUUUUCUGAUACUCUGAAACAACGCUUGGAUUCCACUCUGCUAAAUGGCCAGGACGUUGAGACUGCAUGGGCAGGACUCCGUGAAUUGGUUUACAACACGGCUUUAGAGUGCCUCGGGCAAAAAAUCAGAAAGCACAAAGACUGGUUUGAUGAUAACAGCACGGAGAUUGAACAACUGCUAGAGGAAAAGCGUCGUGCGUACAAAGCUCAUCUCGUUGACCCAUCGUCAAUUUCAAAACUUGAUACACUAAGAAAAGUACGAAGCACCGUCCAAGCAAAGCUGCGUCAGAUGCAAGAUACCUGGCUCAGUAGGAAAGCUGAUGAGAUCCAGGACUAUGCUGACAGAAACGACAUGAAAAAUUUCUACAACAGCUUAAAUGAAAUCUAUGGUCCUACUACCUCAGGCUCAUUGUCUCCACUUCUCAGUGCUGAUGGGGAAACACUGAUCUCCGAUAAAGAUAAAGUCCUGGCGAGGUGGGCAGAACACUUUGAGAGUGUCCUGAAUAGACCCUCGGCAAUAAAUGACGAAGCCAUUAACAGACUACCUCAAGUUCCUGUCGACGAAACCAUGGACGUUGUACCAACAUUCGUGGAAAUUCAGAAAGCAGUCAACCUUCUAUCCAGUGGCAAAGCCCCAGGGUCAGACUCCAUACCAGCGGAAGUCUACAAAGAGGGAGGUGCGGCUCUGACGGAGAAACUUUACCAGCUUUUUCAGCUCAUCUGGAAUCACGAGGCAGUGCCUCAGGACUUUAAGGAUGCCUCCAUUAUACAUCUCUACAAACGCAAAGGAAACCGCCGUAUCUGCGAUAAUCAUCGAGGAAUCUCCCUGCUGUCCAUCGCUGGCAAAAUUCUGGCCAGAGUCUUACUCAAUCGUCUCAUUGUACAUCUCGAGCAAGGCCUCCUACCUGAAAGUCAAUGUGGUUUCCGGAAGGAGCGCGGGACAACUGACAUGAUAUUUGCUGCAAGGCAACUUCAGGAGAAGUGUCAAGAACAAAAUGUCGACCUGUAUUCCACCUACGUCGACCUGACAAAAGCGUUUGAUACUGUCAAUGAUGAGGUAGGCAUCGGCAUCAAGUAUCGUUUCGAUGGCUCUGUGUUCAAUCUCAGGAGGCUUCAGGCGAAAUCCAAGAUCUCGGCUGAUACUGUAAACGACCUCUUAUUCGCUGACGAUUGUGCCCUCAAUGCUACCUCUCAAGCAGACCUGCAACACAGCGUAGAUCUGUUUUCUAGUGCCUGUAACAACUUCGGCCUCAAAAUAAACACCAAAAAGACGGAGGCUAUGCAUCAGCCAGCGCCUGGAAAGCCCUACACUGAACCUAACAUCAUCAUCAAUGGUCAAAAACUCAAUGCUGUUGACAAAUUUAUCUACCUUGGCAGUACUCUCUCCAGAAACGUUGUCCUCGAUGACGAAGUUACCAACAGACUCGCCAUAGCAAGCGCCGCAUUUGGAAGGCUUCGUAAGAACGUUUGGAAAAGGAGAGGGAUAAGAACAGAUACAAAGAUCAAAGUGUAUCGUGCCGUUGUGCUGCCUACGCUACUUUACGGGUCUGAAACCUGGACUAUCUACAAGCGCCAUGCGAUGAAGCUUAACCAUUUCCACACUACCUGUCUGAGGAAAAUUCUCAAUGUUCGCUGGCAAGAAAAGAUCCCGGAUACUGAGGUCCUUGCACGUGCAGGUCUGCCCAGCAUUCACACCAUCCUGAAACAGUCUCAGCUUCGCUGGGCGGGGCACGUAGCUCGUAUGCCUGAUGAACGGCUUCCUAAGAAACUUCUGUUUGGUGAGCUUCAGCACGGAAAACGCUGCAAAGGUGGCCAGAAGAAGAGAUUUAAAGACACCCUAAAACUCUCGCUGAAAGCAUUCAACAUCGAUCACACCUCGUGGGAGCUUCUGGCACAAAACCGUCAAGGUUGGCGCCGUGUCAUUCGCAACGGUGCUGCGGCAUGCGAGGCAAAUUGGACAGCUGCCGCAGAGGAGCGUAGAGCCGCCAGAAAGUCUCAAGAUCCCAAAGCUGCAACAAUACCAUGCCCUCAGUGCCCCAGGCUUUUCCGUGCACAGAUUGGCCUUAUUAGCCAUCUGCGCACCCACAAGCGUCCUUAG